CUUCUGCCAACCCAACAACCUCUUCCCAAUUUUACAUCGCACCAACUGCUAAUCGCUUCGCGCGUUAGCCCAGACAGGCAAAGCAGAAACAGAAGAAGACGGAAAAGAAAAAGGGAAGCAUCAUCGUGUUGGCCGCUUUCCCGAAGCAUCCAGCACCUUCCAGCAUCAUCGAGGAGAUUUUCGGCCUCGUUUGGUGCCCACCUUAAUCCUUCCAACCCCGGAGGAUAUCGACACAAAAAUACAUCUGGACAUGUCCGGCAACAGACCACAGUUUUUGAUCCCUCCUUUCUCAGACCACAUACCAAGGUGACAGGUGUCACUAUUCUAACGCGCCUCGACAUCGGCGCGACUGGACUGGACUCGAAAGCCACCACAUAAAUAACACGACGUUUUGGGGAGAAGUCGGGCGAGAUUUUUCGCGGGUGUCGAGGGACAUCGCAAGAGAUUAGGAAGAAAGAAAGACGACGAAAGAGGAUAAAGAGAAGAUGGCCUAUUCGCCGUACACCAGUUCGACUCCCGGCGACGAGUAUUACUACGGCCGGGAACGUUUCCAGUCCGCCACACCAACACCAUCGCCCCGGGCAUCGCACUCCUACUACGCCCAACAACAAGCCACACCACAACGACCAGCGACCCGGGCACAUUUCCGCAACGCCAGCACUGGCUUCAACGAGUACAGUCCUCGUCCCCCGACGGCGUCGCCUCGGUACACGAGCGAUGGCUACUAUGCCACGGCCAAUGUGAGUAGUGGUCAUCAUUCGCGCAAGCCUUCGUGGUCCACUCCGACACGUCCCAGGGACGAGCGCCGGCGUUCCUUCGUCUACGUCCGGUCCUCCACCCCCCAUGGAGAUUCCGAUGAAGACGAGAUUAUCGAGGUCGACGGUCGGACCUACAUCAUCCCGGCAAAGUCGCGUCAGGCGGGGGGCAGGACGUACCUCGAAGAUUCUUAUUUACACGCCUCUCGUGGACGUUCCACUGAUUUCCACUCGUACCCGCAGGGCGGCUACACGUUCCAAGACCGCGACGCUGCCUACGAACAACCUCAGCCUCGCCCCAGAGCAACCCCCACCACCCACGCCCGGCGAUCGUCGGCCACCGUCCCCCAGCGACCUGCCACGGCACGUCCCACCAGCUCCCACACCGCCAAGAAGACUGCUGCCCCAGCACCAGCCAAGGCAACAGAGGCUGACGCCAAGCGACACCGCAUCCCUCCCGGCUAUUCGCUCAAGAACUGGGACCCGGCUGAGGACCCCAUUCUCCUCUUGGGCAGUGUUUUCGAUGCCAACUCCCUGGGCAAGUGGAUUUACGACUGGACCGUCUACCGUCAUGGACCAUCUACUCCCAUUGCGGAGGUGGCUGGCGAUCUCUGGCUGCUUCUCAUCCAGCUGUCCGGCAAGGUGAAGCGUGCCGAGGAAUGUGUCGAACGAGUUCGCUCCAAAGAGAACCGGGAGAUCAUGGAGGACUUUAUCGACUCCGGCGAACGCCUCCAGGACAAACUUCGCAAGCUUCUCAAGGCCUGUGAGCAGCCCAUGCUCAAGGCUGCGAGCACCAAGAAGGGUGGCUCCCAACUCGGCAAGAACGCCGGUGUCGAGUUCGUCGAGACCCUUUUCGGUCGAGAGCGGGAAUUGGACAAGACGGAGCGGUUCAUGCAGGGUGUCCGUCUCUUCAACCUCCGUUUCGACGCUAACUGUGAGGACAUUAUCCGGAAUCCCACUAAAUGAUGAGCCCGGUUCAUUUCACCUUUUUUUUUUUUUUGUCUUUGCC